AUGACUUAUACCAAAAAUUCCACCAUCACUACAGAUUCUAAAUCCCCUACUGCGGCUGGUAGUACUCAAGAGUCCUCAGUCAGCGAGUCACUUGCCGUGAACGUGGCGAACUACUCCACUGAAUCUGCAAGCUUUGUCCAGACCAAUCCUACGGCGGAAAGUUCCGAUAGCUUUAUUUGUGCUUCCAGCCCCGGUUCCAAGACGCUCACCGGGUCUUGUUCUGAAGAAGGGAUCUGGAACUGCAUAGGAGGCACUUAUUGGCAGCGCUGUGCUAACGGCGUCUGGACUCCUGAACAGCCGAUGCCUGACGGCACUGAGUGUACUGACGGCCCGAGCCAAGAUUUUACCAUCAAGGCUGCAGCUUUGGACUCCCAGAAGAAAGAGAGCUCCAAAACUCACAGAUGCGAUGCCCGCAGGCACUCUGAGGAGCCUCGCAUCUGA